CGAGCGGAGCCGAGCGGAGCGCGAGGCCGCGCCGCGCCGGGGAGCCGCCGCCAGCCGCAGCCUUAAAGGGGCCGCGCCGCCACCUCCUCCCGGGAGCCGGAGCCAUGAACCAGGGCCAGCGUCGCAGCGGCGGCCCGCGGGCGGACAUGGCCCCCGAGAUCGCCGCCGCCGUGGGCUUCGUCUCCAGUCUGCUGCGGACGCGGGGCUGCGUCAGCGAGCAGCAGCUGCAGGUGUUUAGCGGGGCGCUGCGGGAGGCGCUCGCAGAGCACUACAAACAUCACUGGUUUCCUGAGAAACCGUUCAAAGGCUCUGGGUAUCGCUGCAUCCGGAUCAAUCACAAAAUGGACCCAAUUAUCAGUAAGGCAGCUAGCCAGAUCGGACUCAGCCUACCGCAGCUCUAUCAGCUCCUGCCCAGCGAGCUCACGCUCUGGGUGGACCCCUAUGAGGUGUCCUACCGUAUUGGUGAGGAUGGCUCCAUCUGCGUCUUGUACGAAGCGACUGCAACAAAACCUGUGAGCUCCUAUGGGAUGCUUACCUGUAAGAACCAGAUGAUGAUAGGUCGCACCAGCCCUUCCAAAAACUACAUCAUGACUGUCUCCAGCUAAAUACUCCUUUUUGUCCUUACACUGCCAAGACACAGGCUACUGUAUACCUCACCUGAGGAUCUAUUUUUAAGAUGAAGAGCUAUUUAUAUUUUUUAAAAAAAUCCAAGAAAAUCCAAAAUUAAAAUAUCAGGCACUGCUUUGGACAGAAGCAGUGUCUUAGGUGCCUUUUUAAAGCUGUUGCAAGCUUAUGAGUUUUUAUUAUGAAGCCGAUAUCUACCUAAUUAGUGUUGGAUGGCAAUUUUGGUGGGCUGGGUUGCUCACUCAGGCAGCUUGGAAUGGAGGAAGAGGGGGAAGAGCAAAACUGGGAAGCAUGUCUUGGUGGCAGGAGAUGACCAUGUUACCUUCUCCCAGUCCUGGUACCCAACAAUGUUGUUUAUCACAAAGUGUUACAGUAUUGUUGGAGAAGGGACAAGGGAAGUGUGCUUUUCUUCACUAACCUUUCCACUCUCCAACUGGUCUGACCUCUGUCUGGGGCCUGGAUAUAGUGUUUGGGGGAACCUCACCUCUGGGCUUGAUGGUGCUGAGGGUCCUUCUCCUUACUCUUGCAUGUCUCCUGUGGAUGUGCUGACUUCAGAGGCUGCAGCUCUGCCCCACUCCCAGUGUGAACCGAUGGGGGCAUGUGGCCACCUCCAGCCUCUACCUCUCUUGUCCACCACUGGACUGAAGAGGCCAUGAGGAUAUUGGUGCCCUGUGAAAUGGGGUACAGCAGAGAUGGUUCCAAAGAUGAGUAUUGCAGCUGCUGGGGUGAUACUGGAGUGCUGUGUCUUUUUGGUACUCCUCAAUACCUGGGUUUUGUCUGCUGCUCAUGCUGCACACAGAAGGUUGUUAAAACGAGGUCAGCACUAUACAGCUGUGAGCAACACAGUUCAUCUCCGUGGGGCUCAGAGCCAUCCAGACCAUGACCUGCUAUGUGGCGCUCUGUGCUCUGAGUAGAUUCCGGUCUUUUUUUUGCUUUACAAAUUACCUGAUCUUUCGCUGAUGACCUGCAGUGUUGCUUCCCCAAAUGAGCUGUAGCAACUUGCCUUGUGCCCUAGCGGUUGGUGUACAAGAACCCCUUUUGCACCAUCUCUUCACUGGAAAUUUUGGGAGUAUCUUCCUGCUGUGUGUGUCUGUUCUGAGGCUGGAACUAUUGGGUGCUAUGGUGUCACGAUGUUUUUAAAUUGAAACACUUCUUCCCUCUCUUCCUUCCCUGAGUAAUUGGCAAGUGGCUGACAGUGGGAGCUGUGCCUGUUGAUAAAGGGGCAUCAUUUGGUUCAGAUUUUUUGGUACAUAACUGUUUUGCACAACUAAUGCCUGAUCCUGUGCUUUGCCUGUUCAAGCAAAACUCCUCUUGGAGUCCCAGUGGUACUUGUAUUCAGGGAGACUUUGCCUGAGUGUUCAGGAUUUGGCCCUUAAAUUGCUCUGGCAACUACAGAUGGAGUGGGAAUGGCAAGUGCUGCCCUGAGACCUUUAUCUACCUGUUGAGGAAUGAGCCUUUGCCAGGAUGCUGAGUGUCUGUUGCCUUUGUACUAACCACCUGGUGUUCCUCCAGUGAUGCUGGGAGAAGUGAUCUAAAAACCAGGGCACUGACGUGGUUUGGUCUAAUGAAACUUUCUCAGAUCUGUUUCACAGCACAUUUUCACCUUCCUCUUUGACCUGGCAGCUGACUGGCAUAACCAGAGUUAUUCUUUCCCAGCCUUUGAGUCAAGUUCUCAAACAUUUGUGCAAUAUAUUUCUAAAUCUUGGACAUUCUGGGAGAGGAAGGAAACCUCCAAUUUGCCACAGUUCUUAGCCUAAGUAUACUAGAAAAUUCAGCAGAGCUUCCCAACUCUCCAAUUACUUGUCAUGUGAAAAACUAGGUUUGGAUUUUUGCAGUUUUGAAUCAUGAGUUGUUGAACUGGAAAACCAGCCUCAAUUCUUUUAUCCUGUAAAGAUGCCAAGUGGUGAGUUGUUUGUCCUUGCACAGUAAUAGCAGACUGUAGCUCUGAAGUUGCAUCACUUCCUCCUACAUCACUUAAAUUUCUCACAUCAGCAAAGCAGAAGCUGAAAUAAAGCACUGGAACUUUUCUCUUGAUGAACUUGUGCAAUAAAUGAUGUCGCAAAGAGAAGGGAAUAUUUGGGAACUUCCAAAAAGGAAAUUGUUUUCAAGGAGAAGAGUACCAAGUGCUGUUUGGAGUCCUUAUUUUUCACCUGGAUGUGUAGAAAGCCUGAGAUGAGAUAUGCAGUGUGUCCAGGACAAAUAGAGGUGUGCUUGGCUGGAUUGGGAGCUUCCCAAAGGCUGGUACUUCCUUGGGUUGUAAUUUGUCAUGAUCAAUGUGGUCUUCUAAGAUUUAUCCUCGUAUUCUCUUCCUUCUGUCUCACUAGAGAAGUUUGUGGGUGGCAGCCCACAACUGGAGGAGUAUUCUGUGAUUGCUCUUAAUGUGCCCUCACUUUCAAAGCAAAAAUAGCCAAACCUCAUUCUUUUUGGCCCUGGCAUGGAGGAGUCUAACAUUAAAGUGUCUUGUUUUUUUAGCUUCAAAACCAACCAAAGUUGGGUGUAAUUAAUUUUUCUUGUAGCUGGUUACAUGUAAAAGCUGUGAAUUAGUGUGUUCUGUUGCCUUCUGCCUGUAAGCCUGGGACUCAAUUGCAGAGCUGAAUGGUGUGUAUUUUAAGAAUAUUUUGGGGAUUUUCCUUUCAUUUUUUUUCAAAACAAGCUGGACUGUUGAACAGGACCUGCUUCUUGUAUUUGGUGAAAAUGGUAGAAAGCUUGUAAGCUAUGUUUGGAGGAGGGAGUGGAUGGUUACUAAUUGUAUAGCAGUGUUUUUAUAUGCAGAAUGUACAGAUCCUUUGACAAAGGUAUGCUUUUGUUACUUUAAUAAAAAUGUAGCAGUAUAAAUGA